GCAUGUUGACGGGGACGCGACGGAGUGUUUGGAGGCUUGGAUCACGCGCGUUCAUGAACUGAAGGAACAGUACAACUUGAAGGAUAGCCGUUAUCCGACCAUUCCUCAUGGACGUCAAGCUACUGAGACCAAUGUUCAGUGCCGGCUUUGAGCUGCCGUCGACAGUCUCAAGUUUUUAUGGACACUUCAAGAGAAAGAAGAAAAACGCUUGCGUGAAAAAAGGAACCCGCUAUCCCGAUAAGUUAAAAGGUUCCCAGUUUGAGGAUCUACUCCCGUAUGCUAGAACGUCCGUAGGCCGUAGCCUUACUUCAAGCCGUGCGGAACUGUCCACUUCAACCACAAUUAAAUUUGAACUGCAACGAAAGCUUCUGUAUCUCAACGCGAUCAAGGCCAAGAUCAGUGAACUGUAGAAAAAGGAGGUGGUAGAAGAAAAAAUUAAUUUUGAAUUGAAACGUGAUGUUAAAAAUGCGAUUGGGUUGUGUAAUAUGGUAAAAUUCGAAGCCCGUUGUGAAGGAUACGCAGCGCUGAAUGUAGUCGAUAAAUCCAAGCCGUAUUUUUUAUUGUUCGACCUGAUCAAGGGCAUGCUUGCUCUGAGUCGGGGUGCCACAAAAUGUGAUUAUUAGUUUCAAUAAAGAUGGUUUUAGUUAGAUUUUUAGAAUGAAUUGUGAGUUAAGAGUUCGAAUAACACAUGUGCUGAACGAUUUACCGGUGAAACAGCGCUCGCGCUCGGUGAAAGAAUGUGGUUAACAACCACCACUAGUUUAUGGUUAUUGGGAUUUAUCAGUGAAUUUUCUCUUGCAGUGUCCAUGCAGCAGUUGGUGCGCCUGAAUCUGGCCCAUAAUAAACUGAAAAGUGUUCCGCCGGCCAUCGCGGAUCUGGUGAAUCUGGAGAGUCUGAAUUUAUACAACAACCACAUUGAGGAGCUGCCGACGUCCAUUUCCGGUCUGCAGCGUCUGCGCAUCCUCAAACUCGGAUUGAACCGGUUGUGGAGUCUGCCGCGGGGUUUCGGCGCCCUGGCCAGUCUGGAGAUCCUGGAUCUGACCUACAACAAUCUCAACGAGCGCGUCCUGCCCGGCAACUUCUUCAUGAUGGAAACGCUGCGCGCACUGUAUCUGGGCGAUAACGACUUCGAGAUGCUGCCGGCGGAAAUCGGCCAACUGCACAACCUGCAAAUUUUGGUGCUGCGCGACAACGACCUGGCCAGUCUGCCGAAGGAGGUGGGCCAGUUGAAGAAUCUACGGGAGCUGCACAUCCAGGGCAACCGGCUGCAGCUCCUCCCGGCCGAGAUCGGCAAUCUGGACUUGGUGGGCCCGCGGCAGCUGUUCCGGCUGGAGGACAAUCCCUGGAUCAACCCCAUCGCCGAGCAGCUGCAGAUCGGCACGCAGCACCUCCUCGACCUCCUCCGCUCCGUCAACUAUCAAAGCAUUUCUUCGCGGCAUCUGCAAGCGGGCGCGGCCAUCCCGCCGGGGAUGCAGGAUAAAUCGCGCAAAGAGAGCCGCCGCAAAGACUGAAUCCCCGCCAAGAAAAGCAGCCUUCUCGCAUCCUUUUUUUUCUCUUUUACGACUUUUUUUUCCUCCUUGACUAACGCAGACGUGCUCGUGGGAAAUUGUGCAUUUUACUCCUUGAAUUUUUUAAUUUUAUCUGUUUAAAAAACUGUUAAUAAUUCUGCAGCUUAUUGUUUUGAAAAUGUUAUUUUUAACUUUUAUUCUGGUUUGUUUUGUGAUUGUACCGGUGACGGUGUGUGGAAUGUGAAAAAAUGUCGGCAGCUA